AUGUCUCUCGUAACACUCUCACACGUAUCUUCGCAUCUCCAAAAUGCUUCGAAGGCCCGACUUGGGCUUACCUCGGUCCCCUCUUCGAACAUGAUUCUCACACUCAUGCUCGGUCUCCAAACUUCUGGAUUCCUAUCCUCCGUCACCCGCGGCGGCCUCACCCCUCCUCCUAUGGACGAAUUAUCGACAUAUGUUCCCGAACCUGUUACACAGCGAAAUAUCUCGACAAGGAGGUUGUGGUUGGGAUUGAAGUACUGGAACAAUGAGCCGGUGUUGAGUAAAAUGUCGAUGCUCAGUAAACCUACAAGAAGAGUUUGGAUGGACGUAGAGACUCUUUCGGAAAUUGUUAGGGGAAGAGAUGCGAACUUUGUGGAGGGUUUGAGGAUACCGGGAGAGUGUAUCUAUAUCAGUACAUCGAGUGGAAUCAUGGAGGCAAGAGAAUGUGUAGAAAGGAGAGUAGGUGGUAUGCUUUUAUGCAGGGUUUUAUAG